GAAGGACCUGGAAACUUUGGGUUGCUGCGUGGGGAGGCCGCCGGAGCUGAGCCUUUCCCUCGGCAAGGCAGGAAGUAGCUGAGGCGGCUGGCUCGUCCUCAGUCCUGCCUAGCUCAUCUUCCCCGGCGCUCCGGACAGAGGCGGAGGCAGUGGCAGCCGCCGCCGAGGCCGCCAGAGCGGGCAGGACUAUUUGCAGCAGCCCUCACCCCCCGCUCCCGUCCAUCCCCCCCCCCCUCCCGCAGCGGGCGCACAGACUCACACACGCAGGCACGCGCGCACACACAUUCACACACACGUACACACACACGCGCGCACACACACGCGCACACACAUACACGCACGGCGCACUCACGCGCCCCUCCAGCAUCCGCGCAUCCCUGGAGCUCUCCAUCUCCGCGCUGCCAGUGCUCGCAGACCCCGCCAGGCGCCAGAAGCCUCCGAGCCGGGGACAACAGAACUUUGAUUCAUCCUUAAAGUAAAGGACUUGCAUCAGUAAACAUCUUGCAGCAACUGAUGAUAUAUUUUAAUAUCUGGAGUUUUCAUCUGAUCAUGUGGAACCACUGAAGCUCAGGCUUCAAGCAACCACCUGUCUUUGAAGUCCCCUGAUAUGUGACAGAGUUCUUGGAAGCCAUUAUGACAAACCAGGAGAAGUGGGCUCACCUCAGUCCUUCUGAAUUCUCUCAGCUCCAGAAGUAUGCUGAAUAUUCUACAAAAAAAAUCAAAGAUGUCCUGGGAGAAUUCCAUGGCAAUGGCGUCCUAGCAAAGUAUAAUCCUGAAGGGAAACAAGACAUUCUUAACCAAACCAUAGAUUUUGAAGGUUUCAAGCUGUUCAUGAAAACAUUCCUGGAGGCCGAACUCCCUGAUGAUUUCAGUGCUCAUCUCUUCACAUCUUUUAGCAACCAAGCCCCUCAUUCGAGUCCCUUGGUCAAAAGUAAACCUCCCCUCCUCUCCGGGGGUUUGCGGAUGAAUAAAGGUGCUGUGACUCCUCCCCACACUUCUCCAGCCAGUUUGCAUUUACCACAAGUCAUCCAGCUGAAAGAUAUUGUCUGCUACUUGUCUCUGCUUGAACGAGGAAGACCUGAAGACAAACUAGAGUUCAUGUUCCGCCUCUACGACACGGAUGGCAAUGGCUUCCUGGACAGUUCGGAGCUGGAAAAUAUCAUCAGCCAGAUGAUGCACGUGGCCGAGUAUCUGGAGUGGGACGUCACUGAGCUCAGUCCGAUACUUCAUGAAAUGAUGGAAGAGAUCGAUUAUGACCAUGAUGGCACCGUUUCUCUGCAGGAGUGGAUUCAGGGAGGGAUGACGACCAUCCCCUUACUGGUGCUCCUUGGCCUGGAGAAUAAUGUGAAGGAUGACGGACAGCACGUUUGGCGACUGAAGCAUUUUAACAAGCCAGCCUACUGCAAUCUCUGCUUGAACAUGCUCAUCGGCGUGGGGAAGCAGGGCCUGUGCUGCUCUUUUUGCAAGUACACGGUCCACGAGCGCUGUGUGGCAAGAGCACCUCCUUCCUGCAUCAAGACCUACGUGAAGUCCAAAAAGAACACAGAUGUCAUGCACCAUUACUGGGUUGAAGGCAACUGCCCAACCAAGUGUGACAAGUGUCAUAAAAAUGUCAAAUGUUACCAAGGCCUGACUGGACUUCACUGUGUUUGGUGUCAGAUCACACUUCAUAAUAAAUGUGCCUCUCACCUCAAACCCGAGUGCGACUGUGGAAUCUUGAGGGACCAUAUCUUACCACCCACAGCAAUCUGCCCAGUGGUGCUGACUCUGCAAACUUCAGGAGUUUCAGUUCCUGAGGAUCGCCAAGGAACCGUGAACAAGGAUAAUGGAUCUUCUCAGCAGGCGAACAAAGCUGGAGACAAGAACAAAAUGCAGAGGGCCAACUCAGUGACUGUGGAUGGCCAAGGCCUACAGAUUACUCCAAUUCCUGGCACUCACCCAUUGUUGGUUUUUGUCAAUCCCAAGAGUGGUGGGAAGCAAGGAGAAAGAAUCUACAGAAAAUUUCAGUAUCUCUUAAAUCCUCGCCAGGUUUAUAGUCUUGCUACAAAUGGACCCAUGCCAGGGUUAAAUUUCUUCCGAGAUGUUCCUGACUUCAGAGUCCUGGCGUGUGGUGGAGAUGGAACAGUGGGCUGGAUUUUGGACUGCAUAGAGAAGGCAAAUAUAGCCAAGCAUCCUCCAGUUGCGAUCCUGCCUCUUGGGACUGGUAAUGACCUUGCCAGAUGCCUCAGAUGGGGAGGAGGCUAUGAAGGGGAGAGUCUGAUGAAAAUCCUCAGAGACAUUGAAAACAGCUCCCAGAUCAUGUUGGACCGAUGGAAGUUUGAGGUCACCCCAAAUGAUAAAGAUGAAAAGGGAGACCCAGUGCCUUACUCGAUCAUCAAUAACUACUUCUCCAUUGGUGUGGAUGCCUCCAUUGCCCACAGAUUCCACAUUAUGAGAGAGAAACACCCGGAGAAGUUCAACAGCCGAAUGAAGAACAAGUUUUGGUAUUUUGAGUUUGGCACUUCGGAGACAUUUUCAGCGACCUGCAAGAGGCUGCAUGAAUCCGUGGAGAUCGAAUGUGAUGGCGUGCAGCUAGACCUAAUAAACAUCUCGCUGGAAGGAAUUGCUAUUUUGAAUAUUCCCAGCAUGCAUGGAGGAUCCAAUCUUUGGGGAGAGACCAAGAAAAGACGUAGUCAUCGCCGAACUGAAAAGAAGGGAUCAGACAAGAGAACAACUGUCACUGAUGUUAAGGAGCUAAAGUUUGCAAGUCAAGAUCUGAGUGAUCAGCUGUUGGAGGUGGUUGGUCUAGAAGGUGCCAUGGAGAUGGGACAGAUUUACACUGGUCUGAAGAGUGCUGGCCGCCGCCUUGCUCAGUGCUCCUCAGUGGUUAUUAGGACAAGCAAGUCACUGCCAAUGCAGAUUGAUGGGGAGCCAUGGAUGCAGACCCCAUGUACUAUCAAAAUUACCCACAAGAACCAAGCCCCGAUGCUUAUGGGACCCCCACCCAAAACCGGGUUCUUCUGCUCUAUCGUCCGGAGGACACGGAACCGCAGCAAGGAGUGAGCCCGGCUGCCCGGGCCUUCGCCACCCAACGGCGGUCCCGCGGGCUCGUGAACAUUCACUCUCGAAAGCUUCGACCCGUUUUGUCGUCUGUAUACGCUGCCAGCUCUUGGAAUUGGUUCUGCAGUGUCUGUGCCUGAGCUAAUGUACAAUUCUGCUAUUAGAACAUUUCUUGUCCCAGUUUUAGAGGCAUUUUGCAUGAAGAAAGCAGAUGUUUCCAUAAAGUGAUAUUGCAUAUAUCUGUGGCAUGCAUUCCCAUGGAUUUUUAUGUCUCUCUCCACGUACGCUCCCACCCUAACCCUGCCCCCCUUCUGCAGCCCCUGCUUACUAACUUGUGGGAGUCGCCUGUUGUGAAACAUGAAAAGGGAACUACCCAGAGAAAUUGGUCCUCUCAGUGUGACCCCCCCUUCUAUUAUCAAGCCCAGAUCAGUGAGACCAGGGUGAGGAUGGCACCCUCGGGCUGGCUAGAGGCUUAAGUGAGAUGAUGGAUGCAAAGCGCUUUGUAGACCUUUAAACGCACUAGUUAAAUGUGAGCUAUAAUGAUUAUUAUUAUUAUUAUGGUUAAUUAUUAUGAUUAUUAUUGUCUUUUUGGGAACCAAAUAUCCGAUCAAUGGUCUUUGACCUUGACUUCUAAGGGGCCUUUAAAAUCCCAGGUUUCAUUAAACGGUUAUCUGUCCUGUCUCACUGCUUGUCCUGUGCUUUCAAUCUUCUUCUAAACUCAACUCUGUUGUGUGUGAUUGAAGAGGGGGGGAAUGGAUUGUCUAGUAAGUCUAGCAGAAGGCAGAUACUUCUGGGGAGAUGGAAAGCCAAGUUCUUUCUUCCAGAAAGAAAGGAAAGCAUUUGACUCAGAACUAAAUUUGACGAUUGAGAAGAACCCUAAACCUCCCUGCCUCUGAACCCUGUGAGAGCACCUCAUAAUCGCUUAUGUAACCAAGAACCAAGUGGACUUUGUAAACCAUGUGCCUAAUCAACUGCAUUUCCCACCAAAGAUUUAGCAAGAGAGGCCUGAGAGAAAUGGGUUAAUGCAUAAUUAAUCAGGCGCUGGGGAGCCAAUCCACUCCGGGAAACUUACAAUUCUUUGAAUUGCUUUAGUGAUGGCUUAAAUAACACUAGAAGAGGAUAACCUGGCUAUUAAUUAUAAUUAAAAUGCUUUCUUUUGAUAGACAGAGCUCCAGAAUCUAUAGUCCCGGUUCCAGAAGGGCCUUCUUGGCUUCCUUGUUAUUCUUAAAUGGAUGGAUGUCUAUUUCAGUUAAGUGCAUCUAAGAAAGGAACCCAGAAGUAGUCUCGAGCCUUUUUUUUUUUUUUUUUGAGUUGGGACUUUUGCUUGUUUCCAAUAUUAAGGUGAUGAGAGCAUGGAUCACACUUGUCCUUGGUUCUUGCCUCUGGGAGAUUUCUUAGAAACACUUAGAUCUGAUGCUAUAGAGCUUUGCAUAGUCUGUCUAUCCCCUAUGGUGACUGGCAGUGUAUCCUAGGACAGUAGCCAUCCCCAGCUGGUAGGAACUUAAGGGCACAAUGGAAUGCUUCCCCAAACAGCUAAGGUAUUGCUUCAUGUUGACUGCCAUUUCAUCCAAGACUGUUUUGUGUCUUCAAGCAAGCUACAAGGAGAAAAUGUUUGAAACGCAUGAUGAGCUCUCUCUCUCUCUCUCUCUCUCUCUCUCUCUCUCUCUCUGCAUUUAAGUGCUAAUGAUUUAUCAGUGCUAUUUUGUAUUGAUUCAAUUCAUCUUUGAAUAACAAAGAGCAUUUAGUCAUUUGGUUGAACUCAGUCAUCGUGUGCAUGGAUUUAUGGAUUCCCAAUGACAUUGCUUUCAUCUCUGUGCUUUGGUUGGAAGCCUAACUCAGCUGAGUGCUACUAGACCCUGGACCUAAGCCACACCCAUCUCUUAGGCUGAUAUUUUGGAGAAGAUCCUGUACCCAAGUCCCUUCUCUCAGUAUCCUAGAAGCCUCCAAGUCUAAUAACAAUAAACAAAAUGUCUUCAUGGGUUCUUGAAAGAGAA